UCAAAGCUGAUAUGGUUGAACAGUAUCACUUUGCUAAUCGCAACAAACAGAACGCAUUGAAAUGGAUUCGCGAACCUUCGUUUUACUCUUGCUAAUUGGCUGCCUUAUUGUGGGAUGCUGCAUGGCUGCUCCUCAAGGAUGUGGCAGUGGAUUUUAUAGCAAAAAUGGAAACCUGGUGAUCGACGUAAAUAAUAUUCAAAGCCACCUCGACUGUGUAAAUCGGCAGCAUCAACGUGGAUAACACAACCUAAUAUGAAAACUAGUUUUAUAUAUUAUAUUAUAUUAUAUAUAAUAUGUACAACGUAUUCAAAUUGGAAUUUCUGUGACAGUCGAUAAACAACUGCUAAUGCAGGUGGAAUGUUGAACAAACGCGAUAAUUUUUAAAAGAAUUUUGCAUGCAUACAUAUGUUAUUAUUAUAUCCCGCAAUAAAAAUCAAAAUAUACAAUUUAAA